AUAAAUUCCGGGGGGUGGGGGGCGGGUGUAUGGGUAUUUCAAGAGUAGCAUGUCGGUCAGAAUCCACAUCCUAUACAUUUUGUUCAACUUGAAGAACUUACAGGGGACCUGGAGAAUUUGACAUUCUCAACUCCCAUUUUCUUUUCCAAGUGGUAUUUUUGAAAUUCCAAGGAGAAAAGGGUUUUUUUCUCUAACACAAAUACAGGGGAAGGGGAGGUUUAAAUCAGACCAAUCUAACUUUAGUAAAACAUGAAGUGUUUCACAUCAAGCAGUGACAACUGCUCUUUGAAUGCUGAAUUUUAAUCUAGGGUUGGAUGAUAGUUCCCCAAAACAGGAAGGACAUUUUGGCGAUGAGAACAGACAGGAUUUCCAGAAUUUGUGUUGAGACUUGUUAUUUCUUUAGCUAAAACAAUGGAGUGGCUUUCUAACAGGUUUACACUUUGGGGGAAAGAAAAAAUCUAUCUGCCUUUCUUUUCUCAAGUUGUGUAGAAACUAACAGUAAUUGUCCUUUUGUAUUCUUUUGUCUUUAGAACAUGGUUUAGAAACACACCUACCAGUUCCUCGUCUGUCACUGGUUUUCUAACUUGCUGUUUCCCACAGUGCCCACGGUUAAGAGGCUACACUCUGUGGCUUGGUUCCCUUGGCCAGAUCUGGGCUAUUGCCUUAAGUCUGGCCAUGAAAAUGCAGCCAUCUGAGGUGAGAACAGGCACAGCACAGGGCGGGAGGUGGAAGAGGAAAGCUCUCUAUUUUGAAAAUGGAUUCAGGCAAGAGGAGGAGGGGAUGGGGAAAGGAAGGUCAUUGGGAAAUCAGUCAGACCGAGGCCACUGAGUUAUUGAACUUGCCCUCAGCCUCCUGUACUGUUCAACCAGGCAAACACAGGCCUGCAUCUUUGCUUCUUCCAGAAUCCACCCCUGUUGGCUCUCCUCUAGCUCCCGCUGCUGCUGUUCUGCACCCACUGUUGGGUGAAGGUCCCUUUUGGGUGCCCUCUCCAACCUGUCCGAUUUCCCCCAAUACCGGGUCAGAAUGGGGCUUUCUCUAAUUCACUAACUGUGAAAUUGGGAGCAGGCCAGAGAGCCAAAAGAUUGCAUUCCUUCAGCCCUGCUCUCAUUAGCAUGGAGGAGAGGCAGGGUGGGGAUGGAGGUGAAUGAAGGAGUUAGUGAUACGGAGAGCACAAAAAGAGGGUCCGGGGAAAUGGCACAGUAGCACUGCCGUGUCCCAACUAAUGAGUCCCUUAGGUACUCCUGGUCAUUGGUUGGAAGGCAUCUCUUUGAAGGUGGGAGCUAUUUUUAUGAGUCACUGAGAUGGGCUUCUGACUCCUUCCGGCCCGCCUCAGCUGAUAACCUGAAAGCUGGUCGAGAAGCUAGGUUUCUGUAGUUCCUUGCAAAUCCAUUUACUUUGUCUUGGAAGAUAGCAAAAUAACUUUUCUAGUUGUAGAUAACCCUUCCUAAAAUAUUGACCUGUUAUUGAGACUGACAUUUCUGCUAAUACCAAAUCGUAUUAUGUUUAAAAGACAAUCUUGGAUCAGCAAAGGUUACAGUGGAAGCGAGGAGCCUCAGCUGCCUGAUAACUGGUUGAAAGACCAUAUUUAAAAACUUCUCAGUGGCUGUUCAAAAUACCUUACUCAUCUGUCCCUAUCUAUUGCUCUUUUCAGUUUUUGCACUUACAGUUCCCAAGCAACAGGUUCUGCAAACAUAGCUCCUGGAAGCACUAUUUACUCCUGUUGCCUGGGAGUUCAACCCUCUCUGGCUCUUCAACCCCUGCUCCCGCACACACAACAGGUCCAGGGUCUCUCCAUAGGUUGGAGCUGGAAGCCCAGGACUGCUGGUAGCUCGCGGUUCGCAGCCGAGGAGAAGAAUGAGCAGUCAAGAGACGAUCACUUUGAAUGUAGGAGGGAUGAAGUUCACGACCCGGCUGUCGACCCUAAAACAGUUCCCAGCAUCCCGGCUGGCUCGCAUGUUAGACGGUGGUGACCCAGAAUUCAGGCUGGUGAACGGUCAGUUCUUCGUGGACAGGGAUGGAGUCUUAUUCAGUUACAUCUUGGAUUUUCUGAGAACCCACCUGCUUGCCCUGCCUGCAGAUUUUUCAGACUAUCUGAGGCUCCAAAGAGAGGUCGAUUUUUACCGACUCGACCCCCUGGCUCGUCUCCUGAACCAAAAGCACCUCCUGAAGCCGAGACCAGAGCUCCUGGAGGUGCGGUUCCUGUGCCAGGACACCAGAGCUUUUUUCCGGAUCUUUGGUUCCAGCAGCCACACGGUAGAGGUACUCACAGGGCGCAUCACGGAGUAUUGGGAGCAGCCUUCUGCCCAGACCUGGAGCAGUGACUCGUCCCCUGCCCAGACAGCCUUGCUUCCUUUCCCUCCGCAGAGGCCCUCCUACCACGACCUGAUUUUCCAGUGUGGCACCGACAGCACUACUGGCGAGCCGGCUGAGGCCAGGUAUGUUUCUAUAAACCCUGAUGACCGGAAACUGAUCAAUGGAACCAACGUCCUAGGACUGUUGGUUGACACUUUACUGAAGGAAGGUUUUCACCUGAUCAGUACCAGAACCGUGUCCUCAGAAGAAAACGUUGAGUGCUACAGCUUUCAGAGGAUAAACAGGCCAGAAGCCCUGACGCUCAGUGAAGCCCAGAAGCCAGAAAAUUAUCCGGUGCCGACACCAGUGCAAUCUCAGAAAAAGAAGUGAUUGAGGGCAAGGACAAUUGCUUAAAAGCUUUAAAAAUCAAAACAGUUUGGUGUGGCAUUUUGUGCGUGUGAGGGAGCAAGGAGUACUGCGAAGAGGCAUUAACCCUGGAUGAGGGCAAGCCCCCAAGACAUGGCAAAUUCCUACUGGAUUCCAGUAGAGAAGCAGCAUGGCUUAGUGGCAAGAGUGCGGGCUUGGGAGUCAGAGGU